AUCAGUUUCUUGCAUAGUAGCGGAAAAGUAAAGUCGCUCAGUCGCAACACCUGCUUUACUUGCUUUUAGUACGUUUCUUUUGUAUGUUACAUGUUCUUUUUAAAUUUGACCAGAAUGACUAAUGUUCUUGGUCUGAAUUUCAACAGGAUGUCGGAAACAUUAGUUCCAGAGAUGUCCUCUUCUUACAAGGCUUUACAUGAUAGUUAUGUUCCAAAUCGAAGGGGAUCAAAUAGGAUUGGAACUAUAGUUUUGGCAGUGGGUUGUUUAACUGUUUUGGGUGCACUUUUCUCCGUUUCUAUCCUGGAGAAGUUCACUAAAGAUGAAGCAUUCCAAAAGCAGAACCAGAUCCUUCAACACAUAAUUGAUGAAAAUAACUUUUCUCAAGAGCAAAGCAGAAUUGUGCUUGUGGAAAGCAUUCCUCUGUACAUGAAAUAUGAUGACAAUGCAACAUUUGGGACCCCAGUUGAGAAGGCUUGGAAAGAUCUCCUGUCCAUGGCAAACAGCCAGGUUGAUGUGGCCUCCUUUUACUGGACUCUUACAGGAGAAGAUAUCAACGUCAACUCUUCCACUGACAUUCCUGGAAAGGAAAUACUGGAGCAAAUUGGAGCUUUGCCUUCUAGAAACGUGUCAGUGAGGGUCGUGACCAGUAUUCCCUCUGUGUUUACAAACUCCACAGAUCUACAGAUUCUAAGUCAGAAAGGAGUCCAAGUAAGAAAGGUACCAUUUGGGCGUUUGACUGGGGGUGUCCUUCACACCAAGUUCUGGAUUGUUGAUAGGAAACACAUAUUCCUGGGAAGUGCCAACAUGGACUGGAGGUCUCUUACACAGGUUAAAGAACUGGGAGUGGUCAUCUACAACUGCUCUAGUCUGGCUAAUGACCUCCAUAAGAUCUUUGAGUCCUACUGGGUGAUGGGUCAUCGCAACAGCUCCAUACCAGACCCUUGGCCCUCCAAGUAUGACACAGCCAUCAACAAAGAGCACCCCCUGCUGCUGGAGACUGAAAACGUUACAAGCAAAAUCUACAUCUCAGCUUCUCCUCCCUCUUUCUGCCCAGCAUCUCGGACUCAGGACCUGGAAGCUAUACUUUCAGGGAUCUCAGGGGCUCAGCAUUACAUAGAUGUGGCAGUCAUGGAGUAUUUCCCCACCACACACUUCAUGCACCCUCAAAGGUACUGGCCAGACAUAGAUGAUGCAUUGAGGAGGGCUGUUUUUGAGCGGAACGUUAAGGUGCGUCUGCUUGUCAGCUGUGGACGUGAUUCUAAUCCAUCCAUGCUGCCUUUCCUUCUGUCUUUGGACUCCCUGAUUUUCCCUGCGAAGCACGCCAGCAUUCAAGUGAAACUGGCAAUUGUUCCAGUAGGGAACCAGUCAGAAAUUCCCCACUCCAGAGUAAACCAUAAUAAAUACAUGGUGACUGACAAAAUAGCAUAUAUUGGGACAUCUAACUGGUCAGCUGAUUACUUCAAUGUGACAGCUGGAGUGGGGUUGGUGAUUUCCCAGCAUGGCCCACACUGGACCUGGAGGACCCAGGCCCUGCAGGGACAGCUCAGGGCGGUGUUUGACAGGGACUGGAACUCUCAGUUUUCUCUAAGUCUUGCUGACCUUGGUGAUCACCCUGACUGUGCACUCUCAAAAGGCUAGGUGUUCUGUUUAUGUAGUAUCACUUUUUUCUGUUUUAAUUGUAGAGUUUUACUACAUUAACUACAGACAAAAUAUCACAGUUGACUGCAGUUAAUCUAUUGUUGCACAAUAACUGCAUCUUCAAAACUGCUGUUUUGGAUGGGCAUUCAUUCAGCUAUAGCAGUGUCAACAGAGUAUUCUGUGUUGUUAAUUGUUUUAGGCAAAUGCCUGUUGUGUGGCUUGUAUUCCUUUUUUUUAACAAAACAACUGAACUUUCAUAAUUGUCUCAUUUGUUUAUACUUGUUUUUCCUACUGAAGAUUUACAUUUGGGUUGUCAUAUUCCUAACCUGUUACGAGUUAUACUUUUGAUAGCUCACUAUUUUUGGAACAAAAUAAUAAAUACACAAUUU